CCGCCACAAACUCUGGGAAGUUUUGUUUCUGGUUAAACUUUUCGCUCUCAGCUCGACGUUGAGCAUCGACGCUGGAUGUGUAACUGAGGGAGAAGGAAGGUCGAACAGAGAGGGAAUGAAGAUCAUAAAUAAGUACAAGACUAAGCCAUUCGGCUCCUCCAGCCCCUGCUGUCCCCCUUCUCCUUCAAUCGCGUGAACUAAUUGCAGUCUGAGCACUUUCUCUGGCCCGUUUGCCUUCACUCCCUUGUCCUUCAGUGUAAGUCAUGCAAGGAACUGGGCGAAGAGCUGCUCCACAGCAGGCUGAUAGGCCUGUGGCCAAACCCAGGCUUCUGACUUCUCCAGUUCGGCUGCCAGCCUCUGUGGACUCGCUGAGCCUGGAGGUUUAUGAAGGCUCAACGCCAGAAAACAGACGAGCUGAGAGGAAGGAAAGCAAGUUGCUGGCUAAAAGUCACAGCCGGAAAGCAGAUCCAAGAGAUUCAAAUGGGAAUAACACGGAAAACAUUGGGUUCAUCCCGGGGUCAGUUGAAACCAUAGAGGAGGCAAGUGUGUGUGAGUCAUGUGGGUUGGGAACCUGUGUUACCUGGCAGAUGGUUAAGGAGGUUUUCUGCUGUGUGGUGAGCUGUGGAUACUAUAAGGCUGACACGGGGGUUUACAAUCCAUGUACCAGGUCGACAGAACCACCGACACGUGCUAAAGACAUUGACAGUAACACUUUGCGGUAUAUUGAAAACCCAACGCAUGGGAUUCCCCUGAACUCUGAACCCAGCUCCAAGAAGAAGACUAACCUUGCAGGCAACAGUUUUAAUUAUUAUGAUGUCAAGUUGGGAGGACAGCAGGUAAUCUGGAAAAUUCACAAUAAUACUCUGUCCACAGACUCAUGCCACAAGGACACCCCCCUCAAUUCUCAGCAAUCAGAGAGUCCCAGCAGCAUCUCACCAAUCUCCCACAAACGAAUUUCCGAUGAGUUCCCCUCCUUUCUGGAGGAAGAUUUGGAGAACAACGAGCUAAACGUGUCAAUGUCGAGUGCAGAGCUGGACGAGUACAUCAAUAAGAAGCUGCUGGAGCUGUUCAGCAUUCACCAGAUCGACAUGUUGGCUCAAUGUACCUCUGACACUACAUUCAUCAGCAAAAGCAGUGAGAUCACUGAGCUCAUUGAUAGCAUCACCAAAGGCUACAAAAUCAAUGAGAAGGAUGCGGAAUGCCGGAUAGUAACUGGGAUCGUCCGGAUCAGCACCCGGAAGCCCAAGAAAAGUAAGAAAAGGGGACCAGAAGAGCCAAGUGAGGAAAGACUGAUCACUCCUACUCCUGUUGACCUCAGACCUCAAACCGAGACUAUUUUGCCCAGCGAAGAGCUUAACCUAGAGAUUUCAGUGGUGGACUCACUUGAUGAGAGAGCAAGACAAAUUCAGCGGCUGUGUUCACCAGAUUUGCGUAAAGAUGAUUCUCUUCAAGAUACAGAGACGGAUUCAUCAGGAGCCCCAUUGCUCAAAGUGUAUAUCUAAGGUUGGAGUUGGGACCUUCCACAUUGGAAGUUGGGUGCGUAGGGCACUGAGUGGCCAGACACUCUUGAGACCAGUGGAAAGUGUGGAAUUGACUUGGCUCUUGUUCACUGUGAAGCUGAUUUCCCCUGCUCCCUACAAGGGAUGUGCUCUGGUUUGGAGUCCAGUGCCCAAUACUUGAUUGUGAUGAUGAUAACCUGGAGGAGGCCAUUCUUCCUCUUGCUUGCACCUAGCCCUCCACUUCCUGCCCCCUGCAGAUGAAGAGUCCAGGCUCAGUGCCAAAGGUCAGCAAGCAGGAGAGAGGCAAAAAGGGGGAGGUGCAGGUGGAUGGGGAGAAUGCGGGGUAAAUAAUAACUCACUGGGUGCCAGCGAAAUCCGAACUAGUGUAAAUAAGGAACUGGUCAGGGGGUUAUGUUCAUGCUGGGGGAGAUAGAUGGUGUACAGGGGUGGCGGUUGUACAGUUACUUUGCAUAUUUUGUACAUUGUUUUGUAUGACUGGAUAAUACAGUGAGUCAUGGUGAGAAAUAUUGAUUUUAAUAAGUUGCUUUUUAUAUUAAAGCAACAAUUGGAAUCUUGUCUGCAAUUUGAAAAAUGCCUCAAUCCCGGAUUCUGUCCUUUUUUGAUUCUGCAUCCAGUCUCCACUCAGGACAGGUUUUAUGUAAUGUAACUUGAUGCAGGACUUCACUGGCCAAGUCUUCCUGUACAGUCUAACCUUGGGCCUUCAGCAAAUAUUGGGUGUGAACAGCUCCAAUGAGGCCAUCAUCUUUGAUGCUGUACUGAGUGAGGACCCAGACUGGCCAGAGUUAGAAACUCACUGAACCCCACAGAUUGCAGAAAGGAUCCAGGUUCCAUCUCACACCUGAGAUGAAGCAUUUAAUCCCACGUUGGGAGGGACAACACUGGCUUCAAGUCGCUUCCCUGUUAUCCAACCUGUUGCCUUCUAAAAUAUGAUUGAGGGAAGGAUUAGGUUCUGCUGUGGUGUCCAAUAUAGUCCACUAUCCUCGCUGUGUAGACUUAACAUGAGCUGACCACUAGGAUGAAACACUGGAGGAUGAUUGGUAAGGUUCAGUUUUGCAGGUAGCUGUGAGCAGGAACUGAGAGUGUGGAGAUGGGAUAGAGGAGCCCUGUGGCUCAGAGUGUAUUUCUGAAACUGAGAAUCCUGUGCUGCCUGUCUCGGCAAACAGGUGGCGCUGUAAACCCAUAGUGAGCCACUAUGUUCCAUCAGAGCCCUACCUGCUGGUACAUUAACAAAUUGCAGUCCUUCCAUUUUGUGUGUUAACCCAUUGAAGUCCCUUUCCUCAGGAUAUUAACCUAAUAAAGCCUUUUACUGUAUUAA